CCUCCCCUCCGAGCGAGGCGUUUCCUGCCCGCCCUCUGCCCCUGAAAGCCACCGGCACCGGUGCCCGGGGAGUGAGAAACCAGCUAGCGCUGCGACCAUGAGCGGGCACGUCGGUGACUUGAGCGCCAAGCAGGAGGCGGCGCUGGCCAAGUUCCGUGAGAAUAUUCAAGAUAUCUUACCAGGCCUUCCAACACAGGAAGACUACUACUUGUUGAAAUGGCUUCGAGCCCGGUGUUUUGACCUGCAGAAGUCGGAAGCCAUGCUCCGGAAGCAUGUGCAGAUGCGCAAGUACAUGGAUUCUGACCACAUUAAGGAGUGGAAAGCCCCAGAGGUGAUCCAGAAGUACAUGGCUGGAGGUACUUGUGGCUUCGAUCGGGACGGAUGCCCGGUUCGCUACGAGAUCAUCGGGACCCUGGAUCCUAAAGGGAUGCUCUUCUCGGCUUCGAAACAGGACCUGAUCAGAAAAAAAUUCCAGGACUGCGAGCUUUUACGGGAGAUGUGCGACAAUCAGACCAAAAAACUGGGCAGAAGAGUUGAGACGAUUGUAAUGAUUUAUGAUUUUGAAGGACUCGGUUUGAAGCAUCUUUGGAAACCCGCCGUUGAGGUUUACGUAGAGCUUCUUUCCAUGUUCGAAGACAACUUCCCCGAAUGCCUUAAACAUUUAUUUGUCAUUAAAGCUCCAAAACUGUUCCCUGUAGCUUACAACAUGGUGAAGCACAUUCUGAGUGAAGAUACUCGGAGGAAGUUAAUUGUCUUGGGAGCAAACUGGAAGGAGGAAUUACAGAAAUAUAUUGACCCCGCAGAGAUCCCCAUGAUAUAUGGGGGGACCCUCACGGACCCCGAUGGAAACCCCAAAUGUGAAUCCAAGAUAUGCUUUGGGGGCGAUGUCCCCGAAAAAUACUACGUGCGAGAUCAGCUGAAGCAACAGUACGAGCAUUCGGUAAUGGUGAACCGGGGCUCUUCCCAGCAGCUGGAAUACGAGAUCCUUUUUCCGAACUGCGUCUUGAGGUGGCAGUUCAUGUCUGACGGGGCCGAUAUAGGCUUCGGCAUCUACCUGAAGACCAAGGUGGGGUCCCGCCAGCACGCCGGGGAGAUGACGGAGGUAUACCCCAACCAGCGCUACAACGCACACCUGGUCCCCGAAGACGGCAGCCUCACCUGCCCAGACGCCGGAAUCUAUGUCCUCCGCUUCGACAAUACUUACAGCUACCUCCACGCCAAGAAAAUCAGUUACACAGUGGAGGUUUUACUCCCGGAUAAGAAAUCGGAAGAGAAGUUCCAGGAGUUGGACGGACAAACCCAAAAGAUGGAGAACAACCUCGCAUGACAAAGAUGGCAUCUCCGCUGUCCUAGCCGCCCGGGGAGGGGGCGGUGUUUGCAGGGAUGGGCACAAUCCCCCCCAAGGUCUUCUUCGGGGGUGUAAUUCUUGCUCGGGCAGUCAGGGGGCUUCAGGACUUCCAACGAUGCUGGCAGCGAAUGGCGAAUCGUUCCUUUGAACCCCAGAGUUUUAUAGGAAGGGGUCCCCGUUGGCCCCCAGCGCCAAUCGGCUCAGGACGCAGGCGGGUGGUGGGAUUCAACCGAUGGAACAACCAGUUCGCUGAGUGCAUGCUCACCAAACACGUGCUCCGCACGGGUGCAGUGUGUUUGAAAACAGCUCUAAAACUUACCUUCUACUGCAGCCCCAGUGAGUUAAAACAGCUGAGGUGCGGCAAUCCACUCUGCCAUGCCUAUCAGCUGGGCUUCAAACAAAGGAAAUAUAGGUCGGUAUAGCACAGGGGCCGGCGGGAAGGUCCAGCUGAUCGUCGGAGCGAACCGGUUCACUCUCAGCUGAUCGGCGGAGCGAACCGGUUCACCCAAAUUGGUCCGAACCGGCUGAAUCUUACCCCUGGAUGCAGGAGAGAUGUAGCACCCAAUUAAUCUAUUUGCUGCCUCCCAGGUGAUCAGCUGGGUCUACUUUUGUGGCCCUACACAGGAGAAUGGAGCUGGAAAGCAGGGGUGGGGAGGGAAUGGGGAUUUUGCAGCAUCCUUCCCCUGGAGUGCGGCGGGAAUGGGGAUUUUGCAGUUUCAGUCCCCUGCCAUGGCCACCAAGCCACGCCCAAAGAACCGGUAGUAAAAAAAAAAAAAAUUGAAUCCCACCACUGGUCUCAUGCAGUUUGAAUAAAAGGACAGUGGUGAAAACCUACCGGUUUAGCAACUGGUCUGCGCACUUUGCAGAAAAUUGAAUUUCCGCGUUGCUGAGAGCAAGGAAACCAGCUGAGGAGCGGCAAUCCGCUCUGUCGCCCCAUCAGCUGGGUUUCGGAAGCAGAAACAUAGGUAAGUAUAACACAGGGGCGAGCAGGCAGGCCCACUUCAAUGAUAGAGAGAACCAGUUCCCUCCAGGCUGAAAAUCAGAGCAAACGGUUCGGCCGAACCGGUCCGAACCGGUAGAAUCCCACCACUGCCUCCUGACCACCUUUGGAACGAGGGCGGUGCCUGCACAAAUUUCUCCAGGCUUAAUUUUUUUGCAGGAUGGAGCCUCCCCUCUUCCCCAAAGUAUGCCAUUCAUACAGAGCAGGAAUUAAAACACAAGAAAGAUAAAAAAAAACCAAGAAUAUUUUUUUUAAAAAACCUGAAUAUAUUUGGGACUGCAUGUGAACUGUAUACAGUAUAUCUGAAUGUAUGUCUGGUCUGGAGGACAAGUACAAACCUUUUAUAUUUCAAUAUCUCUGCCCAAAUUCACAACUGUACAGGAGAAACGAUAAUUUAAUUAAAAAAAAAAUAAUAAUCAA